AUGAAGACUAAAGGUGGUGCAACUCCAUUAGUAACUACUGUGCAUCAAUCAAUGAUGCAGCCAAAAUUUGAAUCUUCAUCUUCUUCAUCUCGUUAUGUGGAUGUUGUGUAUAAUGAUACAAAUUCUAAUUCAAAAAUGCUUCCACCCCCGACACAAAUGACACGUUAUGAAUCACACAUGUUACCGACAACAGGGGUAACAGGAAAAUUUUUAUGUUCGCUAUGUGAUCAAUUUAUUCAAGAAAGAUAUUUACUCUAUACAAAUGAUCGAUUGAAUAAUGGACGAUAUUGGCAUGUAAAUUGUUUGAGAUGUCAAAGUUGUGGAUUUUUGUUAUCAGAUUUAGGAAAUACAUUUUUUACCAAAGAAAAUACCAUAUUAUGUAAACAUGAUUAUAUGAGAAUAUAUGGUAGUAAACCGUGUCAAACAUGUAGUCAGAUAAUUCAAACACAAGAACGAGUGAUGCGUGUGCCACCAAAUUAUUAUUAUCAUAUAGAUUGUUUUUGUUGUUAUAAAUGUCGAACUCGUUUAGUGACAGGCGAUCGAUACGUAUUUGUACAUGGACAUUUAUUUUGUGAAAAAGAUCAUCCACUCAAAUCACCGUCGAUAACGAACGAGCGUACAACAACGACUAAACGUGGUGGCGGGGCGAAACGUGGUAGUAAAUCGACAAGAGGUCAUCAUCAACAGCAUCAUCCACAUCAUUCACAUGUACAACAACAACAACAACCACCAUCGUCCACACCAUUGCAACAACAUCACCCACACAUACAUCAGGCACCGAACAUUUCAUUGAUGGAUUCAUCGACCCAUUCAAUUUUAAGUAUGAAUGGUGAUGAUAAUUAUUGA